AAAAUAAGAAUUAUUUUUAAUCUUUGUUUGUGUGUUGUAAAAGGAAAAAUAAUCCCAACAAGAAGAGACUUUGGAUUGAACUUUCAACUUCCCAAAGCAAAGUAAGGUUAAUAUUAUUUGACCAAAAGUCAUUUGAGUUUGGACAAACCACAUCAUUCGAAGGAUGAAUGACAAUGGUAAAUCCCCUAUAUUCAAAAUGGAGAGGAGAGAGACAAAAUAAUGCAGCAGCAGAGAGAGAGAGAAAAUAGGAAAUAGAGAAGGGGGUAGGUGUGAGAUUUGACCAAACUACCACAUAAGAAGAGAGUAGUAAGAAUAAGGCAGCCAUCCAUCCAUCCAUCCAUCCAUCCUUCAAUCCCAUUUUCUGAAACUUCCUAACACCUUACACCCCUCUUCUCCUCUUUCUUUCUCUUCAAUAUAUAAACCCAAACCAACCUCCUCCUUUUCCCAAAUCAGGCUGCUCCUCAAACUCACCAAAGCAAAGCCUAAAGGCACACACUUUUCCAAAACCCAAAAGUUCCAUUUCUCAAACACCCAAUUCCCCAAAUUACCCUCUUCACCACCAUCAUGCAUUUGCAAUCCCUCACCCUUUCCUCUUCCCAUUCCCUCCUCAAAUCCAUUCCCCACUUCCCCACCACCACCUCCACCUCAACCACAGCUGCCGUCCGCUUCCCUAUCCAAUCCGUCUACCGAUACGACCCCGUCACCUACCCCAACGCCAUCGGCUCCUCCCGUGCCGAUUGGCAAAGUUCCUGUGCCAUCCUCUCCAGCCAAUCCCAACAACUUCUCUCUCAAGAUGACCCUUCUUCUUCUUCUACCGAUCACAUCUCCUCCGUCAAUGGCCACAACUCCACCAUCGAGAACCUCAACCUUGUCCCCAUCUCUAACCUCUCCGACUCCACCUCUCUCAAACCCCAACCCAAACCCCUUACCAUCACCGACCUCGCUCCCGCCCCUAUGCACGGCUCCAACCUUCGCGUCGCUUACCAAGGGGUCCCUGGCGCAUACUCCGAAGCCGCCGCCGGUAAGGCUUACCCUAACUGCGACGCCAUCCCUUGCGAUCAAUUCGAAGUCGCCUUUCAAUCUGUUGAACUCUGGAUCGCCGAUCGCGCUGUUCUCCCUGUAGAAAAUUCCCUCGGCGGUUCUAUCCAUAGGAAUUACGAUCUCCUCCUGCGUCAUAAGCUUCAUAUUGUUGGCGAAGUUCAGUUACCAGUUCAUCACUGUCUUCUCGCUCUACCUGGAGUCCGUAAAGAGUAUCUUACUCGCGUCAUUUCUCAUCCUCAAGCCCUAGCUCAAUGCGAACACACUCUCACCAAACUCGGCCUCAACGUCACACGUGAAGCCGUGGACGAUACCGCCGGUGCCGCGGAGUUCGUUGCCAUCAAUAACCUCCGGGACACAGCCGCAAUCGCUAGCGCUAGAGCUGCAGAGCUUUACGGUCUGGAUAUAUUGGCGAAUGGAAUCCAGGAUGAUUCGGGUAACGUGACGAGAUUUGUGAUGUUAGCGAGGGAACCGAUAAUUCCUCGGACGGAUCGGCCGUUCAAGACGAGUAUUGUAUUUGCACACGAGAAAGGGACGUCGGUUCUGUUCAAGGUGUUGUCGGCUUUUGCUUUCAGGAACAUUAGUUUGACGAAGAUAGAAUCAAGGCCGCACCGGAGCCAUCCGAUUAGAGUGGUGGACGGGGCGGAUGCGGGAACGGCGAAGCAUUUUGAGUAUCUGUUUUAUGUGGAUUUUGAAGCUUCAAUGGCGGAGCCUAGGGCUCAGAACGCACUGGCGGAGGUUCAGGAAUUCACUUCUUUCCUAAGGGUAUUGGGGAGUUAUCCUAUGGAUAUGACCCCAUGGAGUCCUUCUCGUAUUGAGGAAUGAGGAUUAGCCUUUUCUUUUCUUUUCUUUUCUUUUUAUUAUUAUUAUUAUUAUUAUUUUUUUUUUUUUUUUUUGUUUCUUUCUUUGUCAUUGUUUAAUUAUCCACCGUUGAUUUAUCUUCCUAUUUUUUGGAUCCAUCAAAAACAGAGAUUUAUAAAAAUUGUUUGUAAUAUUCCAAAAUUCUAUAUAAUCUUUCUUUUGAUAUCA